UCCUCUGCUCGACUCAUACUGCUUCAGUUGCGGCGGUCAACAUCUGCGCGGCGCCCACCUCGUCCACUUCCCCGCCGUGCCGCUCCUUCGUAUUGUUGAACGCACUCUGGGCGCAGCCUCGAGGCCUCCAGCAACAUGUCGGACAAAUUGACACGUAUUGCAAUUGUCAACUCAGACAAGUGCAAGCCGAAGAAAUGUCGUCAAGAGUGCAAAAAGUCCUGUCCCGUGGUGCGGACGGGAAAGCUGUGCAUCGAAGUCGACCCCUCCAGCAAAAUCGCCUUCAUCUCUGAACGCCUCUGCAUCGGAUGCGGUAUCUGCCCUAAAAAGUGCCCCUUCGACGCCAUCAACAUCAUCAACUUGCCCACGAACCUCGAAACGCAAGUCUCCCACCGCUACAGCGCCAACAGCUUCAAGCUGCACAGACUGCCCUUGCCACGACCAGGACAAGUGUUGGGUUUGGUGGGAACCAACGGUAUUGGAAAGAGUACGGCAUUGAAGAUUUUGGCUGGGAAGCUGAAGCCCAACUUGGGACGAUACGAUGAUCCUCCGGAUUGGGAAGAGAUCCUGAAGUACUACAGAGGAUCAGAACUGCAAAACUACUUCACCAAGAUUCUUGAGGAUGACCUGAAGGCUGUCACCAAGCCUCAGUAUGUCGAUCAAAUCCCAAAGGCCGUGAAAGGCACCAAUAGAACCGUUGGCCACUUGGUCACCGAUCGUUCGCAAGUGAGCAAGGAGAGACUCGAAGAGAUCACCGAAGCCCUAGAACUGAUCCAAGUCUGGGACCGCGAUAUCGAUCUCUUGUCCGGUGGUGAGUUGCAACGUUUCGCCAUUGCCAUGGUCUGCGUGCAAAAAGCCGAUGUCUACAUGUUCGACGAGCCUUCCUCGUUCUUGGAUGUCAAGCAACGUCUUGCCGCUGGUCGAAUCAUCCGCAGUCUUCUCCGCCCAGACUGCUACGUGAUUGUCGUCGAGCACGAUCUGUCCAUUCUGGAUUAUCUUUCCGAUUACAUUUGUUGUCUCUACGGAAAGCCAGCCGUAUACGGUGUGGUUACCGCCCCCUUCUCGGUCCGUGAAGGUAUCAACAUUUUCUUGGACGGCAACAUCCCAACCGAGAACUUGCGUUUCAGAGAAGAAUCUCUUCAGUUCCGUAUUGGAGAUGCCAGCGACGAAUUCAUGGCCGACAAAAACCGCGACUACGUAUACCCAAAUAUGACCAAGACUAUGGGUGGCUUCAACCUCACCAUCGAGUCUGGUGAGUUCACCGACUCUGAGAUCAUCGUCAUGAUGGGUGAGAACGGUACCGGAAAGACGACUUUCUGUAAGAUGCUGGCUGGAGCGUUGCCACCGGACGAUGGCAAGAAGAUCCCUCCUAUGAACAUCUCGAUGAAGCCGCAGAAGAUCACACCCAAGUUCCAGGGCACUGUGCGUCAGCUCUUCUUCAAGAAGAUCAAGGCCGCAUUCCUCUCCCCACAGUUCCAGACAGAUGUCUACAAGCCAUUGAAGAUGGACGACUUCAUCGACCAAGAGGUCCAGAACCUGUCUGGUGGUGAAUUGCAGCGUGUCGCUAUUGUGUUGGCCCUCGGUAUCCCGGCCGACAUCUACCUCAUCGACGAACCUUCGGCCUACUUGGACUCCGAACAACGUAUUGUCGCAGCACGCGUCAUCAAGCGUUUCAUCAUGCACGCCAAAAAGACAGCCUUCAUCGUCGAGCACGAUUUCAUCAUGGCCACCUACCUCGCCGACCGCGUCAUCGUCUUCGACGGCCAGCCAUCCGUCAAGUCUCGUGCCAACAGGCCACAAUCUCUCUUGACAGGUUGCAACACCUUCUUGAAGAACUUGGACGUCACUUUCCGUCGUGAUCCAAACACUUACCGUCCACGUAUCAACAAGCUGAACUCGCAGCUUGAUACCGACCAGAAGUCCUCGGGCAACUACUUCUUCUUGGAAGACGAUUCUUGAAGGGCACCGUUGCAGGAGGCAACUUUGAAAAACUCAACGCCAACGGCCUUCUUUUGAAGGGCCUGUUGAAGAAGUCCCGCGUCGGCACGAAGCGCAGAGCUUCUGUUAAGAGCGGCGCCGAUGAGGCUCUGGAGCGGGGCGAUGACGGCGACGACGAUGAUGACAUUGACGAAGAGAUGAUUUCCGACUUACCAAGAUGCGACCCUCUUGGUACUGCUUCGAUCCGUAUC